AGCCACUGCAAUUUCUUUAUUUCUUACCAUACCAUCAUCACACGUAAGAAAACGGGUCGUGUAAUAAUUAGGCUUUUUAUAAUAAAUAUAGUACCACCGUGUACUCAUCCGAUCUGUAUAUAUUUAAUUAUUCUUUAUUUUUUUCACUUUCACUUCAGUUAUUAUAAAAUCCCGCUUACAUACAUAUAUAAAAUAAAAUUCUAUAACCUUCUGAAGAAAAUUUAUAGCUAUUCACUUGCUGGGUUGUGCACAUAUUCCCAGAAACAAUCGUAAUCAGCUGUCGGUGCAUACAAAUCGAGUUUGCGAGGUCAUAAAGGAUAGAGUUUUGUAGAAGAUUUUUUAUAAUAAAAAGUGUGAAAAGAAAAAAAAGAAAAGAGGAAAAAAAAAUGGUAGAGACAGAGAACCACAACCACCACCACCAUGCGCCGCCGAGUCAGUCGGCGCCGCCGCCGGCAGUGAGACCUCCGCUUGGUGCCGCCAGGGGUCCCCUUUACCCUCCGGCGGAGCAGCUCCUUCAGCUCCAUUACUGCAUACACUCCAACCCUUCUUGGGUACAAACAGCGAUUCUGGCUUUCCAGCAUUACAUUGUCAUGCUCGGGACAACUGUUAUGAUUGCCUCUUCACUCGUGCCUCGCAUGGGUGGUGGACCUGGUGAUAGAGCUCGAGUGAUCCAGUCACUGCUCUUCAUGUCGGGAAUAAAUACUCUCUUGCAGACGUGGUUUGGGACUCGACUCCCAACUGUCAUGGGCCCAUCAUUUGCUUAUUUUAUAUCGGUUUUGGCAGUCAUCAAUGAUUUUUCUGAUAGUAACUUCUCAAGCGAGCAUGAGAGAUUCUCUCACACUAUGAGAGCCAUUCAAGGAUCACUGAUAGUAUCUUCCUUCGUAAACAUCAUACUUGGAUACAGCAAUGCCUGGGGAAACCUUACAAGAUUUUUAAGUCCGGUGGUUUUAGUACCAGCCGUCUGUGUAGUUGGUCUUGGCUUAUUUUCUAGGGGAUUCCCCCAGGUGGGAAACUGCAUUGAGAUCGGCUUACCGAUGUUGAUUCUCCUCGUGAUCUCGCAACAAUACUUACAGCACAUCCAUCCAGUUACGCGGCCCAUGCUCGAGAGAUUUGCUUUGCUAGUGUGUAUUGGGCUUAUUUGGGCUUUUGCUGCAAUUCUUACAGCUGCUGGUGCUUACAACAAUGUGAGGGAGCAGACGAAAUCGAGCUGCCGCACGGAUCGUUCUUUUCUCAUCUCAUCAGCUCCAUGGAUCAAGAUUCCGUACCCUUUCCAGUGGGGUACGCCUAUUUUCAGGGCAAGUCAUGUGUUUGGGAUGAUGGGUGCUGCACUUGUAUCUUCUGCUGAGUCAACGGGAACUUUUUAUGCUGCAGCACGGCUGGCUGGUGCAACCUCACCCCCUGGACAUGUAUUGAGUAGGAGUAUUGGUCUGCAGGGGUUAGGGCAGCUGCUUCAGGGAAUAUUUGGUUCUGUAGUUGGGACUGCUGCUUCAGUCGAAAAUGUCGGCCUCCUUGGACUAACUCGUGUUGGGAGCAGGAGAGUAGUUCAGAUAUCCACAGCUUUCAUGAUCUUUUUCUCGAUAUUUGGAAAAUUCGGAGCCUUUUUUGCAUCAAUUCCUUUGCCGAUAUUUGCCGCAAUAUACUGCAUCUUAUAUGCUGCUAUUGGGAUUUCCUUCAUACAGUUCACGAACAAUAACUCCAUGCGAAACAUAUAUGUGUUGGGCGUCUCCUUGUUCUUGGGAAUAUCAAUACCUCAAUAUUUCAUCAUGAACACAGAUGCAGCUGGGCAUGGACCUGUUCGGACAAAUGGAGGAUGGUUCAACGAUAUCUUGAACACAAUAUUCUCAUCCCCACCUACUGUGGCACUAAUAGUUGGUGCACUUUUGGACAAUACACUCGAAGCUAGACAUUCGGUUGACGAUCGAGGACUUCCAUGGUUGGUCCCAUUUCACCGUAGGAAAGGAGAUAGCAGAAAUGAAGAGUUUUACAGCUAUCCGUUAAGAAUAAACGAGUAUAUUCCCUCUAGAUUCCUGUGAGUUAAGUUACGAUUUUGUAUACUCUUUGCUUCUGUAAGUUUAAAUUAGGAAAAAUUUACUUAAAAUGUACUUGGAAGGAUUUCUCGUCUUGUAAGGGUUGACAAAAGAGCGUUUGUAUACAUUAAGAAUGUUAUAUUUUACUGGUAAAGGUGUGGAUUUUUUCAUUAGCUAUGUCAGCCUGUCUCUCUGUCCGCUUGUAUGAUUAUCAAAGGUUUUACGGGAAAAGAGGAGCUAACGGCAACCUAAGAAAUAAAUUUGUGGUUGAUGAUAUGAAUCAAAUCGAAAUGAAUAAAACUUUAAAGUUUGGAUUGAUGAUAAAGGAUGCAAAGCACAGUUGAAACUUAUAAUUGGGAAG